AGCGCUACGAGAAAGACGCGGCCUUACGACUGCGUGUUCUCAAAACUUUACGCGACUAACAACUGCAGUGUUUUCGGAAUUUGAACUGAGAGUGUUUAGUUGCAAGUGACAGUGGUUUAGUGAUGACUAUAGAAUGGAACAGCCUACUCUCGUGUCUCCUGGACAAACGUUGAUGUCAGAGGGAAUGGAAGCGAGGGACCGGCUCGUUAAGGAGAUAGUACUCCUGGCACUUUUCUUGGUCUCUACAGCGGCUAACUCGUUGGCGCUAUUAGUUUUCUGCCGACGACCUGGACUUAGAACAAUAUCCAAUAGGUUCGUUAUUAACCUCCUGGCGACGAAUUUGCUGACAACAUCCCUGCUAGCGCCCGCACUGUUUGGCGAGCACACUGCAAGGGAGAACGCAACUUCGUGGAUGGAGGCAAGCGAUGCCGCAGCAGCAGCCUGUAGUUUGGCUGCUUUACUAGCUGUCAUGUUAAUUGCGUUGGAUCAACACCACGCAGUAACAGACCCUCUUCGCUGUCAUACGCGCCUGCUUCAGCGGCGCCCGGCUGCCCUCUGUGCAGCCACAUGGCUGGCUGCGGCUAGCGCUGCUACUUUCCGGGCAGCCAUUGCUGCUGUCCGGCACUUUUACCCGCUCGAGCCUGUAGUACAAGGAGUCGAGCUGGCCUACUACGUCGUGUACUUAAUUCUUGGAGUUAUUACCCCAGCGGCCAUAGUUUGCGUUAUGUAUGCCAGAAUUUACCGUGCAGCACGCUCUUCUGGCCUCCGCGCAAGAGCACAUGGAGCGAGCGCAUUGCAACUUCAUGAGCCACCAACAAAUUUACCCGACCUGAUUGAAGAAGGUGAUGGACUCACACUCAGAAUAGAUGUACCAGAUGGAUCUGAUAAUCCUAAUGCUACAGAUAGUGAUCGGAAGUUUGGUCCGUUCUUACUUCCACCUGAGCGUCCUCUACGAUGUCCAUCUGUCGCCAGUCUCCGUAAUUCGCGAAAAGACGGCAAGUCGAAUGAGGAUUUGAGAAAAGGACUACCUGCUGUCAGCUCAGCUCCAUCUCUGGCUGCUCCUCUACUAGCCGUACAGGCUCGUACGCCACAAGCGUCCAAUAGUACAUCAAGAAUAACAUCAAUCCGAUGUCGGAUUUCAAAUGCGUCGUUGUUCCGAUACCGAGAAGAAUCUCGUGCCGCUCGUGUUGGAAUAUUAACUGGAUUGUUAGUGAUGCUGCACGUGCCACAUGCAGUGAGUGCGGUUAUUUCGGCUGCAGUGCCGGGACUUGCUGAUAGUGCGCGCACGCCUGCUCUUGCGUUACUACUUCUGUCGGCUGCAGUCUCUCCGUUCCUAUUUGCUCUGCGCUCACGACGAGUGCAGCGGGAGGCUCGUCGGCUUUUGCUUCCUGAGAAAAGUCCCUGGGAACGGGGGUCGGGCGCCGCAUCAGCCGCGGCAGUCGACGGGCAGCGCGCCCGAGCCGCUCUAGAACUUUUGCGUACAUUAUCGCCGGGUAGCGGUGGGGGUGAAGUGCCUACGUCGGGAAACGGCCAGGAGGCGGCCACCUGCCGAGGCUCGUUCAGCUCGGGUGGUAGCACACAGCUGUCGUCAGCGUCGGACGAGUGACCGCCGCCCCCUCCCCGCGUGCUGAGCCACGCACCCCGGGUGCACUUUGCCCCGCGCCCCACCGCAAUACUCAUCUGUGAUACUAGGUUAAGCCGCUCCGCGCUCAGCGCGACCGUUAGACUGAUUUAGUAUUAAGUUAAUUUAUUAUUGUGUCCAUGUACCUUUCCGCUGAGCGGAUAACUUUUUAUUACCUGAAUAUGAAUGUAUAAAAGCAUUAAAAAUCUU